GUUGAUUACGUAUGUAACUUUUCUUAGCUAGCGCCUAGGGGAGUAUAUGCGGUUGGUUGAAGCCGUGUAACGAGUGAUGCUUGAAUGGACGUACCCACGUGGAUUUGUUUUGUGCGGCUUAGCACGCGUCAAACUGGCGACGCGCUGCAGGUUAGGCACGGUGAUUUAUGAUGAAAGGUGUGCGCUCGCACUUGUUCGCGCUACACGGAAGAAGCACUCCUGUCGACAACAGCUGAAUCGAGGCUAGCGGGGAUAACGGCGACGAUGAUUCGCCGCUUGUUGGAGUACGCGGCAUUCCACCUCGAAGCUUGGUUCAAAAUUCAUCUCAUUGCAGCGGAGUACUUUUUCAGAGAAUGUGCGCAAAGGUUCAAGGUGUGUUUGCUCUUCCGGCUCCGAAAGCUGGCUUAUUGCUCUGUAGAGAAGAAAACUGCUGUCGUUACCGGUGGGACGCAGGGUUUAGGAUUGGAAACGGUCAGAGCCUUGCUAUACCGGAACGCGCGAGUGAUUGUCGGAAGUUCUACACCAGUAAGAUCUAUCAAUGUCAAGAAAUACCUGGAAGAAGCCAUUCCUGGAAGUGAAGUGGAAAUACUGCCUCUUGACCUGAGGUCAAUGUCAUCUGUUGACAACUUUGCGCAAGAAAUUCUCCGGCGCAAUGUCGUCGUAGACAUACUCAUCUGUGGUGCUGGCGUCAUGUUCACUCCAUACCAGGAAACUGAGGAUGGAUUUGAAUCACACCUAAGCAUCAACUACCUUGGCCACUGUCUCUUGACUGCUCUGCUGCUCCCCCGAUUGAUAUCGGCCGGUACACCGAAGAGAAUGGCUAGAAUAGUUAAUGUUUCCUCGUGCGUUCACAAAGUAGCUCGCAUAAACUUCGAUGACAUGCACGGCAGAAACCUCUAUUCUAGUUACUUCAGCUAUGCACAAUCAAAGCUAGCCCAAGUGAUGUUCACCCAGUCACUGGCUCGUUAUUUUCGUGUGGAGCACAUGCCCGUGACCGUAAAUUGCCUGCACCCUGGGAUUGUUGAUACCAAUCUCUACAAAAGAGUCUUCUGGACUCCCUUAGUUUCUGGAAUUUUCUUCAAGACACCGGAAGAAGGAGCACAAACAAGCCUCUACGCUGCCUUGUCUUCAGACAUGGAAGGUGUUAGUGGCGUUUACCUGGAGGAAUGUGCCAUAACUGAGCCAGCACCACAGUCGAAAGAUCGUGCCUUGCAAGAUAGAUUGAGGAAGGAGACCUGGGCCUGCCUACAGCCUUGGCUUCCUUCUGCAUCUUCACCACUUUCCACUCAACCAUUUCUCCGUAACUAGCUGUCAGGAUGCAGGGCCAUUAGUUAGAGUGUUCAAGUAAGCUUCCGAGUUUUUACGCUUCACUUGUGUUGGCCAAGCUGUGGAAACUUUCAGCACGGCAAAUACACUCGUGGUGCAUUUGGCUUGUCACUUUCAUGCACUCUCAAAAUGUGCUUUACAAGCGACCUCCUUAAACCAAGCUUCUGCAAUGCCAUUGUUCAUUCAGAGCAUCAAGCAACAGCUCAGAAGUGAUCUCUAUUUAGAGCUGGGAACGUUAAGUGACGUUCAUUGAAACCUGGUGGUAUUGCUUCUCCAAUCACUUCUACAACACCAGGCACUCCUGUCCUCCAGAAAUUCCACAUCACUGCAAGCAGAGUUGGUUCACUCCAUAAACCACUUGAAUUUACCAUCCAUCAUAGCAUGAAAGUAAAAGUGUGCAAUAUGCAAGGCAAUGAAUUGCUGUUGCAUUAUA